AUGGCGCCUGUUUUCGUUGAUCUCUCAGCUCCCAAUGGCCAUAAAUGGGCACAGCCUGUUGGUCUCUUCAUCAACAAUGAAUUCGUCAAGUCCAACAAUGCAAAAACCCUUGCCGUGGUGGACCCUGCUACGGAGGAAGAGAUAGCUCGGGUUGCUUUGGCCAGCGAGAAGGAUCUCGACGAGGCCGUUCAAGCUGCUGUUGAUGCCUUUUCCCACCCCGAUUGGCGCAGAUUGUCAGGAACUGAUAGAGGAAAGCUCAUGUUCCGCCUAGCUGACCUGAUGGAGGAGAAUGGUACGUCUCUCGCAAGUGCCGAAUCCCUCAAUACUGGAAAAGCAUACAGUAUCGCACUUGAAGGAGACGUUGAGGACGCCAUCAAGAUUGUCCGCUAUUAUGCCGGGUAUGCGGACAAGUCCUUUGGGCAAGUCAUCGACACUGGUGCUGAUAAGCUUGCGUAUACACUCAAAGAACCUAUCGGUGUCUGUGGCUUGAUAGUUCCCUGGAACUUCCCCCUUAAUAUGGCUAUUACCAAGCUGGCCCCGGCAUUAUGUUGUGGCAACACUGUUAUCUUGAAGCCCUCAGAAGUUACACCUCUCUCUGUCCUCUAUCUGGCCGCAUUAGUCAAGGAAGCCGGUUUUCCGCCUGGUGUAGUCAAUAUCAUCAAUGGAUUAGGCCCCGUUGUUGGUGCCGCCAUGGCAACUCACAAGCAAAUAUCUAAAAUCUCAUUCACUGGAAGCACGCGCGUAGGAAAAGAGCUCAUGAACCUUGGCAGUAUCGGGAUGAAGAAGCUCACCCUUGAGACCGGUGGAAAGUCUCCCUUGAUUGUGUUCGAAGACUCAAACUUGGACUUGGCCGCUCAAUGGGCUCAUCUUGGCUUCACUUUCAAUCAAGGAGAGCUCUGCACAGCAACAACACGCAUUCUGGUUCAGGACACGAUCUUCGAUCGCUUCCUCGACGCCCUCAAAUUAAUAACGCUGAAAUAUCCUGUGGGUCAACCAUUCGAAGAGAAAACAUACCUCGGUCCCCUCGUCAGCAAAGCGCACUUUGACAGAGUGCGAGAAUACAUCAGGGUUGGAAAGGAAGAGGGGGCAAAUGAUAUCCUGGAUGGCUGUAUGCCACCUGAGUUCAAAAAGGGGUACUUCAUCAGCCCAAGCAUCUUUGUCGACGUUAAGCCGUCGAUGCGGAUUUACCGAGAGGAGAUCUUCGGCCCAUGCGCCGUGGUGUUACAGUUCAAAGACGAGGAUGAAGCAGUGAGAUUGGCUAAUGACUCGAUAUAUGGCCUCGGCAGUGCGCUCUUUACAGAGAAUAUCAGCAAGGCUCACAACGUCGCCCGUAGGAUCGAGGCUGGCAUGGUAUGGGUGAACAGCAGCAAUGACUCAGACUUCCGAGUGCCUUUCGGCGGAGUCAAACAAAGUGGCAUAGGUAGAGAACUAGGCGAGGCAGGCUUGGAGGCUUACUACAACGUCAAGGCUAUUCACGUGAAUAUUGGCAAUGUACUGCCAAUGUAA